AUGAGUUUAUUUGGAGAAGUAGUUGAACCGGGAACAAGAACUGCUUGGGAAGAUUGGGAUGACGCAGGACCACAACAUGAUAUCCCUGAACUAAAAUGGAACAAUGCUUUGGAAGUACCAGAUGUAAUAGACCUUCUUAUUAUACUAGAUGGAAAAUAUGUAUCAGACACUUUACAGCUACACUCUCAAGAUUCUGUAGAACUACUAAACACUGUUAAAGAAGCAAGUCUAAGUCUGUACAAAAUAAAAUUGAGAAAUGCAUACAUUUGUAUCUUAAAAGACUACAAUUUACUUUUAAGUGGAGAAAUAGUAGAACUACUCAGAGAUUUUGUUGAGAAAAGCAAAGAUAUAAUAUCAGUUUUAAAAAAGCCAGUAGCUGAUUAUCAAACAAGCAGUCUUGCAUAUCAGCCAUGUAUCAUUAGAUCUUUGACAACAACAGUCAAUCUUACUAAUUCUUAUGGCCUGGAAUUUCCAAAACUGGAGCAGCCAAAUAUCCUUUCCGGUGUGGGGGCAGGAGUGUUGACUCUAAGGGAGCAUCUUAGUUUAUCUGCCUCACUUAUAGUAUACUAUCUAGAAUACAUGGAGAGUUCUCAAAUGGAGGAAAUACAUGGCCUUUUGCAGAAACUGGACAUCUCUGUAGCUUCUAAACCUGCUCCCAGUAGUAUCAUAAACUCUAACCUCUAUAUAUGA